AUGUUAAUUUUGUGUUUUUUUUCUUUUUUUUUGCAUAAUUUUUGAUUAUUUUUUUUGUUAAUCUGGGGAUUCUAGGACUUUUUUUUCUGGGUUUCGAAUUUGAGACUAAAGAUCGGGGAAAGUUUUCGAUUUGAUUGGUGGGGGUUAACUGCUGCACAAAAUGGAGUCUUCCAAAGAGACAGGCUGCCAAGCUCCAGAAGGUCCCAUCCUUUGCAUCAACAACUGCGGGUUCUUUGGUAGUGCUGCCACCAUGAAUAUGUGUUCCAAAUGUCACAAGGACAUGAUACUGAAGCAGGAACAAGCUAAAUUUGCAGCAACAUCAAUUGAAAACAUUGUUAAUGGAAACUCAGGCAGUAAUGACAAAGAGCCUAUUGUCACUGGUGCAAUCAAUGUGCAACCAGGAUCAGCAGACUUAAAGGUUAUCUCUACAGAAGCAUCUUCAGAUCUAUCCUCAGGUCCAAGUUCAGAGGUGAAGCCAAAAGAGGGCCCAAGUAGGUGCACUACUUGCCGCAAGCGUGUGGGUUUGACAGGAUUCAAUUGCAAGUGUGGAAAUCUUUUCUGUGCUGCUCAUCGUUACUCUGAAAAGCACGACUGCCCAUUUGAUUAUAAGAAUGCUGGUCGGGAUGCUAUUGCUAAAGCAAAUCCUGUCGUUGUAGCAGAAAAGCUAAACAAGAUCUAGGAAGCAUCUAUCGAAUGUUUUAUAUGAACUGAAGUACGAUGUUCUUGCUUUAAAAUCUGUUGGGUCUUCCUAUAAGUUGGCCUUUUGUCGUAUAAGGUGUCCCUUAGAUUUCCAAUGGUAUAAGUGAUGAAACUGGGCACAUUCAUUCUAUCUCCAGUUUGUAAGUUGUUAUUUAUGCUGGCUUGGUGGAUAUCAUCUUUGGACUCAUAGUCCUUGUUCUUUCUCAA